AGGGGCGUUUUUCCCGCCGGGCUGGGGGGGCGUGACGCAGCGCGCAGCUUGAUGACGACAAUUCGGCGCUGGAUGGCAGAAUGGCGGCUCCCAGCGCUGAGGGCAGCUGUGCCAGCGAUCCCACAGUGGUUUCCUAAGGCAACAGUUAUCAACUCUUCACGGGAGACUGCUAUGGCAUUCCCUCACCUGCAGCAGCCCAGCUUCCUACUGGCUAGCUUGAAAGCUGAUGCUAUAAAUAAGCCCUUUGCACAGCGCUGCCAAGAUUUGGUAAAAGUCAUUGAAGAUUUUCCAGCAAAGGAGCUACAUGCCAUCUUCCCAUGGCUAGUAGAGAACAUCUUUGGCAGCCUGGAUGGUGUCCUCAUUGGCUGGAACCUCCGUUGCCUACAGGGACGUGUGAACCCUGUGGAAUAUGGCAUCGCGAUGGAGUUUCUAGAUCCAGGUGGCCCAAUGAUGAAGUUGGUGUAUAAACUUCAAGCUGAAGACUAUAAAUUUGACUUUCCUGUUUCCUACCUCCCUGGUCCUGUGAAGGCAUCUAUCCAGGAGCGCGUCCUCCCUGACAGCCCUCUGUACCACAACAAGGUCCAGUUUCCCACCACUGGUGGCCUUGGUCUAAACUUGGCUCUCAAUCCAUUCGAGUACUACAUAUUCUUCUUUGCGCUGAGCCUCAUCACUCAGAAGCCACUGCCUGUUUCCAUCCAUGUCCGUACUUCAGAUUGUGCGUAUUUUAUCCUGGUGGACAGAUACCUUUCAUGGUUCCUGCCCACUGAAGGCAGCGUUCCCCCACCAUUGUCCUCUAGUCCAGGGGGCCCCAGCCCCUCACCAGCUCCCAGGACACCAGCGAUGCCCUUUGCCUCCUAUGGCCUCCACCACAUCAGCCUUCUAAAGCGACACAUCUCUCAUCAGACAUCUGUGAAUGCAGAUCCUGCUUCCCAUGAAAUCUGGAGGUCAGAAACUCUCCUCCAGGUUUUUGUUGAAAUGUGGCUCCAUCAUUAUUCCUUGGAGAUGUAUCAGAAAAUGCAGUCCCCUCAUGCCAAGUUGGAGGUUCUGCACUACCGACUCAGUGUCUCCAGCGCCCUCCACAGCCCUGCCCAACCCAGCCUCCAGGCCCUCCACGCCUACCAAGAGUCAUUUGCACCCACUGAAGAGCAUGUGCUAGUGGUACGCCUGCUGCUGAAGCAUCUUCAUGCCUUUGCCAAUAGCCUGAAGCCAGAACAGACCUCACCCUCGGCUCACUCCCAUGCCACUAGCCCCCUGGAGGAGUUUAAACGGGCUGCUGUGCCACGGUUUGUCCAGCAGAAGCUCUAUGUCUUCCUGCAGCACUGCUUUGGUCACUGGCCCCUGGAUGCAUCCUUCAGAGCUGUCCUGGAGAUGUGGUUGAGCUACCUGCAGCCAUGGAGGUACGCACCUGAGAAGCAAGCUCAAAGUAGUGAUUCCCAGCCCCGGUGCGUGGCAGAGAAAUGGGCACCCUUUGUGCAGGAAAACCUGCUGAUGUACACCAAGCUAUUUGUGGGCUUCCUGAAUCGUGCUCUCCGCACAGACUUGGUCAGUCCCAAGAAUGCACUUAUGGUUUUCCGAGUAGCUAAAGUCUUUGCCCAGCCUAACCUGGCCGAAAUGAUCCAGAAAGGUGAGCACCUGUUCCUGGAGCCAGAACUUGUCAUUCCCCACCGCCAGCACCGGCUCUUCACAGCUCCCACUGUCACUGGUAGCUUCCUGUCACCAUGGCCACCAGCUGUCACUGAUGCUUCAUUCAAGGUGAAGAGCCAUGUGUACAGCCUGGAGGGCCAAGACUGCAAGUACACCCCAAUGUUUGGUCCUGAGGUCCGGACCUUGGUCUUGCGCCUUGCUCAGCUCAUCACACAGGCCAAGCAGACUGCCAAGUCCAUCUCUGACCAGUGUGUGGAGAGCCCAGCUAACCGCUCUUUCCUAUCAUGGUCAUGGCUGGGCUUCUGCCCCACAGACGCAAAUGGCUACUACCCAGCUAAUGACCUGGAUGAGAUGGGUCAAGACAGCAUUCGCAAGACAGAUGAGUAUCUGGAGAAGGCCCUGGAGUACCUGCGUCAGAUAUUCCGACUCAGUGAAGCCCAGCUCGCCCAGCUCACAUUCGCUUUAGGGACUACGCAGGACGAGAAUGGGAAGAAGCAGCUCCCAGACUGUAUCGUAGGGGAGGAUGGACUCAUCCUCACACCCCUGGGCCGCUACCAGAUCAUCAAUGGACUGCGAAGGUUUGAAAUCGAGUACCAGGGAGAUUCAGAGCUGCAGCCCAUCCGGAGCUAUGAGAUUGCCAGCCUUGUCCGAGCACUCUUCCGUCUAUCCUCUGCCAUCAAUCACAGAUUUGCAGGCCAGAUGACUGCUCUGUGUUCCCGGGAUGACUUCCUUGGCAGUUUCUGUCGAUACCACCUCACAGAGCCUGCAUUGGCUGACAGGCACCUGCUGAGCCCUGUGGGGCGGAGACAGGCCACCAGCCAGGCCCGGGGCCCUAGGCUCAGUUUGCGCUUCCUGGGCAGCUACCGGACACUGCUCUCACUCCUUUCGGUCUUCUUUGUGGCCUCUCUGUUCUGCAUUGGGCCCCUGCCCUGCUCCUUGCUCCUUGUCCUGGGCUACCUCCUCUACGCCAUGGCCAUGACACUGCUCACUGAGCGAGGGAAGCUGCACCAACUCUGACAGUUGGCCACUGACUCCAUUAUAGACCAGCAGGAUGUGCGGCAUGCCCCCUUCCUUGGCCUGAGAAGUCCUGGCAAGCUUCUUCCAAACCAGAGCAUCGUUACCUUUGGGGUUCUUUUCUUGCAGUAGUAGGGUAAUCCAGAAGAAACUGAAAGGAGGAAGUGUUGCAGGUUUGGCAUGCAAAGGGCCAUGUUCAUGAGCCAUGUCCCUCAGCCCAUAGCCCCACAAGCAGCUGAGCUGUUUCUUCAGGCCUUUCUAACCAUUCUAGGAUUUUGCCAGGUAAAGCUUGGAUUAGCAUUCCCACAGUUGACUUCAGGCCUGACCUUCAAGGAACUGGCCUAGCCUUAAUCUUUCCUCUCUGGCAAUCCUAGAGGUAGAAAUGGCCAUGGGUGAACUUUCCUCUCCCUGUGAAAUAACCAGGACAUUCAGCAUCCGCUCCAAGGAAGAAUCAACGUUUCUAAAGAUUCCUGAGGAAAUUAGAUAAUGACUUAUGAUUCAUAACUGCAGAUCUAGAUUUUGUCACAUUAUAUGGCUGGGCCAUAGAAUUCCACUUUUGAGUUCCAGGAAGCCCUCUCAGGCACAGGUGUAAUAGGACAAUGUUACAUCUCUCCUACCCCCCACCCAAAGAGUUGACCAAGCACACCCUUCUUGGGGCCCAGCCCAGGCAUAGCCAUGUGGCAGGUGGGCCUGGUUUUCAGAGCACAGCAGUGCGGUUGGGUCCAUGGAGUUGCAUCCUGCCCGUUUCUACCUACAACCAAAGAUGGUCAGAAGCAUUGUUUGUCCUCAGUAAAGCCAAGGGUCUAAAGACUGACGUUCAUAGUAUAUGACAACCUGGUCAUGUCAUGGAUGUCUCCUUCAUUCAUCCUGCGGAUGACUUACCAACAGCACCUCCAUGAUGAUUUUUUAUAAACCAAGCCUUUGGUGUGGGGGGGGGGGAUUUAAAAAAAUUUUAAGUUGCAAAUGCUGGGCUUUGUAUUUCGAUUGAAGUAAUCUUAAAAUACAUUUUGGGAUCUAACCAAAAGUCAACCCCAAAUUUGUAACCUACCAUGAUCAGAAUAAACCCAUUCUUGCUUCUGA